UAUAAUAGAAAUAUAAGUAAUAUGAAGUCUUUUAGGGAAAUUUUACUGGAAAAGAACAAGACGAUGCCAAAUCCCGCAUCUGUAAAGAGUUCAGCCAAGCUUAAGAAAGGAUUUGAAGCUUCGAUAGGAGGCCCUCAGAAUACCUCUCAGCUCUUUGUUAAAAGGAUGAAGGUCAAAAACACGAAGAACUUCGAGAGUCCCCAAAUUCCAAAUGCCAAAAGCAAGAGACAAACUAUUACUGGGAAAUACAUAUCGAAUGAUCCUUCUGGUAAAGCCAAAGGCCUUAAGUACAUUCAAAAGAGGAAGGAUGAGCUUUUGACUGCGAGAACGAGCAGCCAGAGCAAGACAGCAGCAAGAAGUGGCUUCCAUCCGAGUAGCAGAGGGCCCAAAGGGGAAUCUGAUAGGUCUGAACCAAGAGUUGCCCUACCUAAUACAGCCACAAUGCCUAAUCAGCCACCGGUAGAAGAUGAGGAAACAAGAAGGAAGAGAAUUCUGAAGAGAACAGUUUCAUUGUUGUCAGUUACUCCUAGUUCUGUUGCUUCAAAAGACUCUGGGAAGUCAAGGAUAAAAUUCUUUAAUUUUAAUUCUAAACAGUUUAACCAGACUAUCAAGAAUAAUGUUGCAGUGAUCAAAUAACUCUAUCAAGAAUUACAUUUCAAGCUUUGAAGAGUUUUAUGCUGCAAAGCAGUACAACGAGGCAAUUGAGAUAGCUAAGAACAUUAUCCAAGUCUGCUUGAGAAUCCCAGAUUAUGCUCUAUUAAAAGAGUAUUAUAAAUAAAGCAGGCAAGCUCUGCUUUAAAGUGAAUCGAUACUCUGACUCAAUAAAAUUCUACGAGCCUCUAAGGAACAUGUGCAAGACGACUAAGGAUUCUGAGUGCUUGCUGUACUCCUUAUUACGGAUAGGCGAAGCCUAUCAGGCAAUUAAGAAAUAUGACCAAGCAAUCUUUGCCUUCAAGAAGCUUCUCCAGUACAGCUGGAAGUACGAUAACUAUAAAUAUGAGGUUAAGUCCUAUGAGCGGCUCUGCAUGCAGUACUUCUUCAAGUCAGAUCCUGAGAAAUGCCAGUUUUAUCACAAAAGAGCAGGCGAAGGCAAAUGUGAAGAGAAAUAAAUAGCUAUAUUAGGUACCUGAACGAAGCCAAUCUGUAUAAGAAGGAGAGAGAGCAUCACUUUGUAUUUGGUGAGCUCAAGAAGCAUGAUUAUAAUGAGGGGAUUAAGAGAUUAGCUAAUGAUGUUAAGUUUUGAUCCACUAUUCAUAAGCAUUCCAAUAACAUCUCUUGUGAUUUGCUGAAAGUUAGGUAUCCAAAUUCGAAAUUUUCUUGACUUUCGCUAUCUGAGAUAACAGAGCAGACAGGAGUGCAGGUCCUUAUUCGUAUUGACACUCCAAUAGAGAAGAUUUUAAAGAUAGAAGCACCUUCUCCUACGCUUUCUAAAAAGUUAAAAAAUAGAAAAGCCAAGUUCAAGCUUAUUCCUGAUGAAAAUGCUGUUCCUAAGCGGUCUAGCAGCCAAGAUGAGAAGUUCAAGAUCGAGCUCACAGAGAGUGAAAGGAAGAGGCUGUUUUUCAGGAAAUACAUCAGAUCAACGACUAAGCAGGUCAAAAUCAAGCGAAGAAAUAAUUCAGUUAUUUAGCCAACAGAUAAUUUCAA